GUAAUGAGAAGGGAGGGAAGAACAACCAUCACUUGAAAGAAGCAAUCCGGUGAUCGCUGACCGGAGACAUCAAGAGCUCAAGCUGACAGACUCCAUCGUUCAGCGCCAUGUACACCAAGUGCAUGGUGAGCAAGCAUCCCUCCAUCGUGAGCAAGCAUCCCUCCAUCGUGAGCAAGCAUCCCUCCGUUGUGAGCAAGCAUCCCUCCACGGGCAAACCUGAGCAACACGAGAAGGAUUUUGCCAAGUUCCUGCAGUGCGUCGCGCAGCAACCCCACGUCUUCGAAAACUGCAUCUACUCACUUCGUCGCCGGGGCGGGCUCGUGGACAUGCAAUCGGAUGCGGAAGCUCUGCAAUUCCCAGAAACGCCUGAGAUGCGUGAGUCAAUGACCUGCAGGCUGUUUUCUCGCACGGCAGCCGGGCAGCUCGUUUCUUUGUAAUUCGUGGUGACUUGCAGAAUCCGAGGGAAGCAAGUGGGUGUCAAGCCAUGUAUUGAGGUGUUCG